GGGCGGUGGUGAUGUUGCUGCUGCUGCUGCUGCUAGUAGGAGUGAUCCACACUCAGGGCUGCAGGGCAGGGGCGGGGAUGGUGCGUUUUAGGAAGUAAGAACACUCAGAGGUUGAGGAGCGCACUGUUCGAGUUUAUGUUACUUUGAAAGACGCCGUGAAUUUACUCUGCUAGGAUGCCGCAGAGGGUGUUUGCUUUGCCGAGACAGGAAUCCCUGUUCCCCCCGGCGGUGCUUAAUCCCUUCGUGCAAGAAAUUCAGUUGACAACGGCAGAUAAAAUCAGACUCCUCUUGGUUGGGUCAGUACUGGUUCCUCUGCGAGUGCUGUGCCUUACUGUUCUCCUGGUGCUGUCCUGGCCCUUGGCAGCCAUUGCCACUCUGUGCGGUCCCACCAAAGGAACCAGACAGCCCAUUAAAGGGUGGAGAAGAUGUCUGGGGCAUGCUGUGGUGAGCUGUGCCGGUCGAGCCUUCUUCUUCUUCAUGGGCUUCAGAAUGACAGUGAAGGGGAAGAGGGUGAGCAGUAAAGAGGCCCCCAUCCUUGCUGUGGCCCCUCAUUCCAGCUUCUUCGAUGGGAUCGUGUGUGUUAUUGCUGGGCUUCCCUCAACCGUGUCUCGUUCAGAAAAUUUAGCCACUCCAGUUUUCGGCAGGUUCCUGCGCUGUCUUCAGCCUGUGUUGGUGUCUCGUCUCGAUCCUGAUUCUCGAAAGAAUACGAUUUUAGAGAUCGAGAGACGAGCCACGUCAUGUGGGGAAUGGCCUCAGGUGUUGAUUUUUCCUGAAGGGACCUGCACAAAUCGUUCUUGUCUCAUCACUUUUAAACAAGGCGCCUUUAUACCUGGAGUACCAGUGCAGCCAGUGUUGCUCAGAUAUCCAAACAGACACGACACAGUGACCUGGACCUGGCAAGGAUACAAGGCGAGAGAUAUCUUGUUACUGACACUGAGCCAGUUGUAUACAAACGUGGAGGUCGAGUUUCUACCUCCGCACGUUCCCACUGAAGAAGAGAAGCAGUUGCCAUCCUUGUUUGCAAACAGAGUCAGGGACACAAUGGCCACAGCCCUGGGUGUGCCCGUUACAGAUCACACUUACGAAGACUGCCGGCUCAUGAUUUCUGCAGGAGAGCUGACCCUGCCUAUGGAAGCAGGAUUAGUAGAAUUCACCAAGAUCAGCAGGAAGCUAAACUUGAAAUGGGAUAACAUCAAGAAAGAGCUGGAGGGCUUUGCAGCAAUCGCAAAUGAAUCUAAAGGCGGACGAAUUGGGAUCGAAGAAUUUGCCAAGUUCCUUAAGCUGCCCAUCAGUCCAGCUCUGAAUGAGCUGUUCACACUGUUCGACAGGAAUGGAGAUGGCACAGUAGACUUCAGGGAAUAUGUGAUUGGUCUAACCGUACUGUGUAGACCUGCCAACACCAAGGGCACAAUCCAGAUGUUAUUUAAGCUCUUCGAUGUGGACGAUGACGGGAGAAUAACACAGGAGGAGUUCACCUCCCUGCUACGCUCCUCGCUGGGGGUGCCUGACCUGGACGUCACAAAGCUCUUCCAAGACAUAGACGCAGACGGCUCGGGAAAGAUUACAUACACUGAGUUUGAAGACUUUGCUCUGAAGCACCCGGAGUACGGCAAGUUAUUUACAACUUACCUUGAGCUCCAGAGGCACCACGCACUGCACUCGGGGGACACGGACCCAGCGGCAGCACCUCCCACUAAUACAGUCAGCCCUGAAGCGGAGGACAGUGCCUCGGACAAGAAGGAAGACUGACCGUGAAGUCACUGGCUCGCACUGCACACCAUUUCCAAUAGAACACGAGAGACUUCGAUACAGUGGCUCAUUAAGGACAGUGGAGGAUAAGUCAAUAGAAACGUGUUCUGUCGAGAUCAGGUGAUACAUGAUUGCAGGAUCUUGACAUUUCAAACCAUUCUGUCCCAGUCACAAGAUAAAUGAUCUCAGGGUCUAGACAUAACAUUAUUAUUUUAAUUUUUUUUUAAUUCCUUCACUUAGCCGCCACAGUUAAAUUUUUUUGGAGGUAAAAAUAAUGUCAAUACUAUGCAUAUUAUGCAUAUUAUUAUUAUUGUUAUUAUUAUUAUUAUUAUUAUUAUUAUUAAUAUUUUUUUUCAUUUUUAUAUAUAAAUGCUUUAAUGUGCAGGAUUUUUAAGUGGCCUAAGUGUUACACUUCCUUUUACUAAGGAGUUGAAUAAACUUUGUUUCUGUUA